AUGAAUAAGUACAAUGGUAAACCAUCGACAGUUUUGAAAGAAGAAAUUGAAAAGGAAUAUAUUAAAACACGCGAAGAAUUUUAUGAUACAAAACAAUUAGAAAACAAGGCACUUGUGCGUGAAAGUAGUGUAAAGGUACAAGCCUUGCUACUUCAAUGCGAUAAAAGUGUCAAGGAAGUUCGUCCCAAAUUUAAGGGAGAACCAUAUCCUACAUUUGAUAAUUUGCCUACAACAAAAGUGAAAAGUAAUACCAGUAAUGUAAGCCAAACAAAAGUCCCGACCAAAGGAAGGCCACCUUCACUCAAAGUUGAUUUAAAUGUUCAA